AGAGUGGGUGGUCCCAGUCCAGUUGCCAAUCUCUUAUCUCUCUCCUGUGCGUCUAUACCGCUAUCCUCUGUGCUUCGCAUCACCAUCAACCUGCACCCGCAGUUGAAGAGAGGGAGCGCUACAAAGGGGCCUAAUUUAAAUGGACAAAAAUACCCCUCAAGCCGAGACAAAUCUCCCUAAAUCAGACGCUCUGCCGCGCUGGAAUCAUAUGGCUCAGUAAAUUCGCCGUGGCUUUGAAAAACACCGGUCUUCAGUCUGUUUACGUAAGCGGGACAGAUGUGUACACAUCAUACGUUUUAUGGUAGUUAAUCGGGAUUAAGGUUAUCGAUAGACACUGAUACAUUGUAAUUCGGCGUACAGAGUUUUGGUGCGCUUCAUUGCUGAAUCUUCAUCAUUUUUGUUUAUCCCUGCACACAGUCCCUUGCAGUUUCAAAGAAUUUACAUUGAACAGAUAUUAGCAAGUAAAGUUGGAAUCACUGUGACUACCGAAGAUGUCCGGGGACACAGUUCAAAUACCGGACGACCGAGCUUUCCUCAAUUUCAAAAGUGAAUGUAAUUCGAAGGAAGGAUGGAACUUGACCUACGACAAGUCUGGAAUAACCGUAUGGGUUCAAAUUUUAGAAGAGGAGAAAUCUUUGCAUAAAAUAAAGUGUCGGAUCGUGAACAAGGAUGUCUCCGCCGAAACCAUGUAUGACGUCCUCCACGACAUCGAGUACCGGAAGAAAUGGGACGCCAACGUGAUCGAGACCUUCGACAUCGGCAAGCUGACCGUCAACGCGGAUGUGGGCUAUUACUCGUGGAGGUGUCCCCCACCGCUGAAGGACCGUGACGUCAUCACCCUGCGUUCCUGGCUGCCCAUGGGAAGCGACUACAUCAUCAUGAACUACUCUGUCAAACAUUCUAAAUACCCUCCUAAGAAGGACAAGGUCCGAGCCGUGUCCAUCCAGACAGGCUACCUGAUCCAGAGUAAUGGACCCACCAGCUGUACCCUCACUUACCUGGCACAGGUGGACCCCCGAGGUUCGUUGCCCAAGUGGGUCGUCAACAAGUCUUCCAAGUAUCUGGCUCCAAAAGCAAUGAAGAAGAUCAACAAAGCGUGCCUGAAGUAUCACGAGUGGAAGCGGAGGCAUAAUCCCAGAUACAAGCCGUGGCUGUACCCGGAACAGAACAGCCUCCCCAGCAUACCGCUGUCUGAGCUCAGUAUCCAGCAUGCAGACUCCCUGGAGAACAUCGACGAGAGCGGGCUGAGCGAAGCUAAGGAGGAGCGGGGGGAGUGCAGCGAUGAAGAGGCUAACUGAGCCAGCCCUGACCUACCCACCACCUCCACACACACACACACACACACACACACACACACACACACACACCCAUAUAUACACACACACACACACACACACACCCAUACAUACACACAUAUAUACACACGCACACGCACACGCACACACACACACACACACACACACACACACACACACAUAUAUACACACACAUGCACACACACACCCAUACAUACACAUAUAUACACACACACCCACACCCAUACAUACACACAUACACACACACACACACACACACAUACAUAUACACACAUACACACUCAUGCUCACACACUCCUCGGCAAGCAAACAUCAUCUCGCACACCUCAUCAUUUUCACAAUUUCACACAAAUGUGCGCGCGCGCACACACACACACACACACACACACACACAUACACAUACACAUACACAUACACAUACACAACAGAGUCACUCAUUAUCUUCCACAUGCCCAUAAAACUACUCAUGAAAAAGCUUGCCAUCUCUUGUACUCAAGGGAUUCUGAGUAAUAGAGGAUGUUCUGUAUUUACACCCAGACACAUACUCUUAAAGCAGAAUAACUGAAACCUUGCCAUAUAAGUAGUGCUGUGCAUUCAUACAUAUUUGGUUUAAACAUAAAAUAAAUCCAGAGCACUCAUUAGGUCAGUGAUUCCCUGCUGGCAUCGGUUUAAAAAUAUAUUUUGUUCUUAUUGAGAAUUAUAUUAAAUUCAGACAUAGACACCUUUCCCUUAGAGGUGUGAUUAUGCACACAGAAACAGAAACCCACAUCACGCGACACCAUAUGAGCAAUUUCUCUCUCCCUUCCCAUGUGUCGUUCCUGCGUGUUUUUGUCACCAUUCGCAUUCCAAAAAAAGAUUCUGAAAAAGCCGCCUUUGGAAAGGACUCCGAUGAAAUCAAUUAUACAACCGCACAGCAACUGAGGCGCUGCAGUCUUUUGUGUUCUCCUCCAUAAUCCAGGAUCUUAUGAAUUAUUACAGUUUAAUUAGCUUUUAAAUAUCCAGGCAAACAGACAGUCCCCCACAGGCCCAGCUUACUCCUGUUCCCCAUGCCCUUUCUGUGCUCACGCCAUUGGGAGAUGUGGGGGUUAAAUCCUGCUGACGGGUGCUUAUGAUAAACAUUAUACACCCUCGGAUGCGGAACGCGUGGUUCUCGUGCCCAAGUCCGCUUUCCGUGAUCUAGAGUUGUAUGAAUGUAUGUAGAGGGAUUAAAAAAACAAUACAAAUUUC